AUGAACAAUAGUUCUUCUUCCAAAUCGCACGGUCUAGAUCAGCCUGAGUUGAGUGGGCCCACGCCCAAAUCACUGCGCACCAAAAUGGGCAAACCAGAAGACAGUGAAAAGAAGAUUUUUCAUAAGAAACUCAAAGAUGUUGAGAUUAGUGUUCCGAUAGUGUAUGGCAAUAUUUCAUUCUGGCUCGGUAAGAAGGCAAACGAGUACCAAUCACAUAAGUGGACUGUAUACGUCCGCGGGGCAACCAAUGAGGAUUUGGGAGUGGUGAUAAAGCGUGCUGUUUUUCAGCUGCAUUCCAGUUUCAAUAAUCCCACAAGGGUGAUUGAGUCACCACCAUUCGAGUUGUCAGAAUGUGGUUGGGGCGAAUUUGAAAUCGCUAUUACUCUUUUUUUCCACAGUGAUGUUUGUGAUAAGCCAUUAAACUUAUUUCAUCAUUUGAAGUUGUACCCAGAGGAUGAGUCUGAGGCGUUUUUAGCUCGUGUGCAGAAUCAGCCAGCUUUAAUUGUGCCCAGAUUACCUGCUGGCUCCGUUUUGCCUCCUCCUGUGCCAGUUGAGGAUCCAAGUAAGAGAAAGAGAGGUGACACCAAAGAUCAUCCGAUGUCCCAGUGGUUCAUGAAUUUCUCAGAAGCAGAUGAGCUGUUACAACUUGCAGCAGCUCGUCAGCAGGUUCAAGCUCAUAUUGCUAAAUUUCGAAGAGAGAUAAGUUUGCUAGAUGGACAGCAGCAGCAACAAGUGAAUUCUGUCUCCGACCAGUGA